GAAUCCCAGCCCCAUAUUACUUCACUGUUGACCGCUCGAUACUUAAUAGGAAGGUGCAGGGCGGCGAUAUGUGAAAAUAGUAAUGUGAAGAACUAAAGAUGAGAGUUUCUGAAAAUCAAACCUUCUCUUUUGAUUCUGUGGUUCUGUUCAUCAUACUGUCAUCUUCAUUAUUUCUCGUGCUCAUUACUAGUUUCCACCCAGCAAGUUUCUCCUUAGCUAUUGUUCCUGGGAGGAUUUUCCCAGCAUCCUCUAAUUUAUACGAAGAAAAACUUCCCUAUUCUCCAUCUUCGUCUCUGAAUACUUCAGAUUCCACAAAAACAUCAGAAGCUCAAGUUUCAUCUACUUCCGGACAAAUGAAAACACAACCUCCACAUUCUCCACCUUCGUCUCUGAAUACUUCAGAUUCAACAGAAACAUCAGAAGCUCAAGUUUCAUCUACUUCCGGACAAAUGAAAACAAAACCUCCAUAUUCUCCACCUUCUUUGAAUACUUCAGGUUCCACAGAAAUAUCAGAAGUGCAAGUCUCUUCUAGUUUGGGACAAAUGAAAACUGCCACUUCCAACAACUUUGUAGGUGAAAAGCUUGACGAAGAAUUGAACCGUAAAGGCACAGAAGAAGUGAGCAUUAUUACUAAUGAGAAGGACAAGAAGCUGAAAAAGAUUCAAGCGAGAUUGGCCCAAGCGAGAUCUUCCAUUAGAGAAGCUAGCAAAGUUCGAAACUUGACAUCAAUCCACCAAGACCCAGACUUCGUUCCUCGAGGACCAAUGUAUAGAAACCCCAAUGCUUUUCACAGGAGUUACCUGGAGAUGGAGAAGGUGUUCAAGAUAUUUGUGUACGAGGAAGGGGAGCCUCCGCUGUUCCAUGAUGGACCAUGCAAGAACAUAUACUCGUCAGAAGGAAGAUUCAUACACGAACUCGAAAGGGGGAGGCAUUAUCGUACUGAUGAUCCAGAUGAAGCUUUUGUCUAUUUCUUGCCCUUCAGUGUGGUUAUGAUGGUGGAACAUAUUUAUGGAGUGUCCGGUGAUAGAAAUUCCUUUGGCUAUCCUGUGGUUGACUACAUACAGACUCUAUCCCGUAAAUACCCCUUCUGGAAUCGAAGCAUGGGAUUUGACCAUUUCAUGCUCUCUUGCCAUGAUUGGGGGCCUCGUGCAACUUCUCAAGUACCUCAAUUGUUCCACAACUCAAUAAGGGUUCUGUGCAAUGCAAAUACGUCAGAAGGAUUCAACCCUGCGAAGGACGCUACACUCCCAGAAAUUAAUCUUAUAACAGGUGAAAUCACAGGAUUAAUCGGAGGCUAUUCUCCAUCUCGCAGGAACAUCCUCGCUUUCUUCGCAGGUCGUCUUCACGGCCAUAUAAGGUACCUUCUUUUCCAGCAAUGGAAAGGCAAAGACCAAGAUGUGCAGGUCUAUGAACAGCUUCCCAAGGGUGUAUCUUACUACGAUAUGCUUAGAAACAGCAGAUUCUGCCUCUGUCCAAGUGGGUAUGAAGUGGCAAGCCCCAGAAUAGUGGAAGCCGUGUUUACAGAAUGUGUGCCAGUUCUGAUUUCAGAUAGGUACGUGCCACCCUUCAGUGAUGUUUUGAAUUGGAAGUCAUUUUCAGUGCAGAUAGAUGUAAAGGACAUAGCCAACAUAAAGAAGAUACUCAUGGGAAUUUCUCGGAGGCAGUAUCUGAGAAUGCAGAGAAGAGUGAAACAGGUGCAGAGACAUUUUGUGCCCAAUGACCCCCCAAAGAGAUUUGAUAUUUUUCAUAUGACUGUUCAUUCUGUAUGGCUCAGGAGAUUGAAUGUCCAAAUUCAACAUUAGUGACAUCCAAUUGACAGAUGCAUUUUGCGCGACGUAGUUCAGAGUCUAGAUUUUGACGGAUGACCACCAUGCAAAACUAAUUGAUGGAGCUCAGGCUUUGUCUUCGUCUGCCUUCGGUCUUCUCCUUUCUUCUUGGCUCGCCAAGUUUGUUCAGACUUUAGAUCUGAUUAAGAAGAACCCAUGAGCUCAGAUCUAGAGUCAGAUCCCCAUUGGCAUUUCCUCUGCCUUCGUUCUUCACUUCUUCAUCAGUUCAUCUCCGUGGAUUCUGAUCGUCACCCGCUUCAAUCUCGCUUCUUCUUUUCUGGCUUUUAUUGUUGGAGCUGGGAGAUCUUUACUGCUCUUCUUUUUAGUUUUUCCUCCGAAGGGAAAGCAAACUCGCAGCGCGUUCAUACAAUAAGAACAGGCUUGCAAAAGAUUUGUUCUUACAUUCA